AUGUUCAAAGACGCUUUGGCCAACCGUCUGCGCCGUGAUUCUUUGCAAUCUGGUUUGCUGCCUUCGGGCGAUUCUGCAAAUAAAUGUGGCAAAGAAAAACUCUGCAAUUUGCAGUUCUGCCUUGGCGAAGCAGCACGAGCAAGAACACGAGAGGCGCUCAGGGACGCUGCAACCUUGAGCGUCAUGCAGGAUGGCCGGCACGGUGAUCUUUUGAUGCGGUACUGUGCAGUGGACGCCGCCCUCUCUGUACGAAGAGGAGUGCUUGGAUGUGUCAACAUUGAGUACGCAGAGACCAUCACCAACAUUGUCCAAGCGAUGCACGAAGCUGUUCGGCAGGCUUGUUGCGUUGGCUAUGGUGGCCCCAACCCCGAAGAUGACCGGGAUUUGCAGCGCUCGGUCUGUCAGAAGGUGACAAUGUUUGUCGCAGAUGCUGCGGCCAAUGAACAAGGAGCAGGAAGAGUCUGCAAAAUGAUUUUUCCCAACGUGAUUUCUUGCCAGAAAGACCGGGCUCACGCAUGCAUGCGGGUCCUAAAACGUCCUUGGGAUGCAAUUGGGUCAAUGUCUGGUGUCCUCGAAGCUUAUGUCUUUGGAUCGGACUCGAUCAUUCAGAAGAUUCACCAUUCGAAGGUCCUCCAGGAUGUCUUUAGUGGCUUCGCUCAGCAGCUGGAUGCUGGAUGGCAAAAACGAAUCCGACACUUAAAGGCAGCCAAGCACCGUUUCGCGAGUUGUACACAACCACUCCAAAGGAUGGUGGUUUACCUCGAUGCUAUCAUCUCCACUCUGGUUUGGGUGUCCACUCAGCGCGAUGGAGCUGACAAAGCUGCGGCGCUGGACUUUCUGGAAGCCAUGAACGAAAAGGACUUGGUGCUCAUGGCCAUGAUGAGCGACCUAGCUGAUGAAACAAGCCAGCUGUUGCGAAUGGUCGAUACGGAAUCUUAUGACUUGUCUGAAUUCCCCGCAGAAGUGGAGACACUGGUGUCAAAAAUGCACCAUUUGGUGAACAAGGGCAACAUAUUCCACCAAGGAUUCACAGCUCAUAUGAUUCAGGCAUUGGAGCGCCCACGAAAGAAUCGAGUAGAUUGCCCGAUGUUACUAAGCUGCGCUGAACAAUGCCAAGCGUUUGUUGUGCUGGCCACGAACACUUUGAAGGCGGAAUUUCCUGAUGCCGAUGUGUUAAAUUCCUUUCGCGUCUUUGAUGUUGUGAAGAAAAGAGGUGUACAACGAGACGAAGCCAUUCACUGCAGUUUCAAAGAGCGAUCCAUCAAACGUUUGGCCCAGGUGUUGCAGUUGGAUGCUACUUUACUUGCCAAUCAGUUCGAUGAAGUCGAGCCCGUGGCAAUGUAUGAAGCAUCCACAGGUCGACAAAGUUCCUUCGAAGCUUGGCGCACAGCUUUGCUCAGAAUCAAAGCACGUCGCCGCAAUGGCAACGACAAACAAACGCACAGCGCACUGUUCAGCGCUGUCACGGCCUAUGCUGCGUGGAACGGCAUGGCUUCUUCAGGCGUCGAACAAAAUUUUUCAACUCUUUCUGAGGGCAUUGCCAAGCAGCGGAGACAUAUGUCCAACGAAAUCAAGAACGAUGAGAUGCAACUCUUGCUGUUGCCAGACAACAUGCCUCAUGAUUCACUGUGUGAAGAAGCACAAAAGAUUUGGAAGAAGUACUUUGGCCAGGCUCGAACGAGUUGCUUGACUCGUCUGGAUAAAGGUGUUAAACGGCCAAAUGAAGAAAAACAAUCUUUGGCGGUGACCGCCUUGCAAAAGAAAAAGCGACGAGAAACAGCUGCAUCUACAGAAAUGGUCGAUAUCAAUCGUGUGGAAGCCGUUGCUACAAACGGUUCUUCUGGAGUUUGGUCUGAGAAUAUGGCGAAAGAACUGAUGUUUCAAAGAAACAAACAGUACGACUCAAAGGUGGAACGCUACCUGCAAAACGCGUUGCUGGAAGAUGAGGUCGACCCGGAGUUGGUGGAUGCAGUGUUCGUCGAGACUGUCUUCAAAGCUGCGAUGCAGACCGCUGGGACCUAUGAUGCCGCUGGCAACCUGUUCUGGAUCAACUUCAAGUGGAGCGCAGCGCCAAAGGUGCCAAUCAACAGGGACUCCGUCAAAAGGCUGCAGUCCAAGAUCUUCAAAGACGGACCUUCUCUCUUUGACCGCCCGACUGUCAUUGCUGUUGCCGAAGACAUCUCGGUGUCGAAGGGCAACCUGCGCCGAGUCUCCCCUGAAGAGCCAGAGCAUGCCUACUUGUUCGCCCUGAAGGAUGCCAUCACCAAUGGUGAAUCGGAAGAUGUGCUGUUGCAGUACAAGCGGGUGGCACUGUGCACAUCCAUGAUCUUCGAGAUGUUGCCUACGUUGGAGAAGAUUUUUUCCGUCAACUUGCGAAACAACAUCAUCGAUGAGUAUGACGCACUGACUCGUUCAGCCACCCAGAGAACGUAUGAGCUGCUGACGUACAAGCUCAACAUCGAGGCCAAGGAGGGGAAAAUGAGCAGCGUGGACUUGUACAAUGCAUGGAGCCGCCACGUCCAUGCAUGUGCAUCUCCACUCGCAGAGACAGUCAGCCAAAACUUUGUCGAGACUGCUCUGCGAUUCCAUGACCGCAUCCUCUCCAACCAAGAGCUGCGAACCAUGGUGCUGAACAUGGAUGCCGAGUACGGAAAGCUGUCUCCGUUGGGGGUGAUGUCCAACAUCGGGCAGAUCAUGCAGAAGACCAAGUCGCCUGAGCAGCUGCUUUGGGUCAUGGCAAACAUGGCAGACCUGAUGAAGACCAACGAAUGCUCACCGAAAGACUUCACGGGCGGAGCUGUGCGUCAGAAAGGGUUGGUCGACCUGUUUGUCAUGAAGCUGGACUUGAAAAACUACUUCCUCGGCCAAUUCCUAAAGCAGCUGACCCUGAAGCCCAGUGACUUGGUGUUCUUGUGCAACCUGGACACCCACGUCAAAUUCCGGGCGGCCAUGGCCAACAAAGCCAUUUUCGGAACUUUGGGAGAAACAACCCGUUUGAUGAUCACAAUGCUUGCGACGGUGGUCUUUGGCUGUCAAAGUGAUGGGCCUUUGAAGUCAUGCUUGAAGUCCACGUCAGAUCCGUUGGAAGUGGUGAACAAUUGCCAAUUUUUGGCGGAUGCUUUGUCGGAGAUCUCCGCCAAGAACAAAGAUGAAAGUGCAGGUCACCCAGACUCCGCUGGUGAAAAGAAACAGGGUGAUUCGCAAAAAGUCGACGACGAUGAUGAUGGCAUCGAAACCUCUCUGAACGACUUGGUCACUCCUGAGCAGCUGGAAGCGGAUGAUUCCGGAAAGCUGGAAGUUUGGUUGGAUUUUUUGAAGAACAAAUUCGACAGCUUCGUGACCCUUGUCAUUGACCAGGACACCGUCGGUGAUCUGAAGUCUGUUGUGGAAAAAUGCGAGAUUUUGCAGAAAGUGGAAGGGCCUGCAAUGCUGCUUUUUGACUCAAAAAUCGCAGGUGAGGCAUCGUCGAACCCAAACUGUCGACUGCCUCCUUUCCAAGGGAAAAUGCUUCGGCGCUAUGUGCAAACCUUCACCGCACUCCGUGGCAACGGUGGAGACACAGAGGUGCAGGAAGAUGACCUGCGUCGCACUGACAUGAUCGCCUAUAUGGAUGGAAGCCGCCCGGGAAAUGAUAGUUCCGUCAACGGAUGCCUGGUGGACACCAAUGGAAGGUCCAUGAACAAGGUGAAGCAAAAUUUCACUUUGGUAUAUGAUGAAGAGUCACUGGGCGAUCGAAAAGAAAAAGUCAGGGGAUUUGUGCAGCAAACUGAGAACCUCAAUGUCUUUACCCUCGAUGGUUUGCAGCUGCAGAAACAAUCCCGCAAACACUACAGUGGGACCAAUCUCGGAUCCAACAUCGGCCCCAUUCGAGCUCUCGGCUACGACGACCCUGCUUGCUGGAGACUCUCGUUGGCUGACAAGAAACUGUUGUACUCCGAGAAGGGCAAGAUCCUCACUGGGGGAGCAUGUGGUGAAGAGAACAAGGUAGCAAAACCUACUUUUGCGGAUGGGAUGGAGCCCGUGUCGUGGCACUGUUCCAGCCCGACAUUGCUGGCGGAACUGUUGCACAGUUUCCGCCCGAAGGUCGUGUUCCGUUGCCCGGAAUCCGAUCACCUCCUCAUCCUGGAGGCCAUCAAGCAGAAGAUUCCGGUGGUCAGCAUUGUCUGGUCAUCUCACCACGAGAAACUCCUGAAGCAAAAGUGUCUCAAGGCAUUGUGGCAGUGCAUGGUGGAUCCAAAUUGCCCAGAUCUGUACGAAGUUCAGUUGGCAGCACUUCUCAAUGAGGGCGGCAAAAUUGACGAACCACCUUUGAAGAAACCCCGCAAGGUCAAGAACAAGGCUGAGUCUGCCGAAGCUGCCGGUGCCGAGUCGAAGGCAGAUGGCGAAGCUGCCGGAAGUGCAGAUGGCGAAGGUGCUGCCGGUGCCGAGUCGAAGGACCCGAAGAAGAAAGGUGGCAGGCCUCCCAAAGAGGCGUCAAGCGCAGCGGUUGCUGCCAGAGAUGCCCUACUGAAGAGCUUAGCGGGCUGA